ACCCCCCGGUGCCCCCACCCCGAGGUGAUGCGCUUUUCCACGCCGCAGGGCCGGGCCGGGCGGUGCCGAUCGCUCCGUGAGCCAGAGGAGGGGGAGGUGCGGAGGGGGUCCGGGGGUGCAGCGGGAUCGGGGUGGGGGGUGAGCAGAGCCGCGGGGGUUACAGCGCACAGAGCGCCGCAGCGAGAGCCGGGCCGGGGCUGGGGGUAUCGCUCCGCGCCGAGUUUUGUCCCGAAGAGCAAAUAUUGCCUCUUUCCGUGAUAUUUCCUCCUGGUCUGGGGGGAUCGUUGUUGUUUUUUCCCCUUCCCUCGUGAGGCCGCGGAGGUGACAGCCCCCUCCCCAUCCCCCACGGCAUCUCCGCACUGCGCGGUUGGGACCGGGCGGCCCGGUGGGGAGAAGGGCAGAGCCGGGAUGAGCACCGUGGCGAUGUCCGUCUGUCCGUCCCCACGUCUGUCCCCGCUCCGGUCGUGACUUCAGCGCGGACAUCGCACGUGGGGCUGCGCGCUUCCUGCCUGCAGUGCCGGGACGUGGGGGGGGCGGUGGGGGCUCGAGGGCCGAACUCUGAGCCGGGGGUGGGGGGGCCACAAAUCGGGACAAACUCUUCUGUUUCGCUCGCCUGGGUCAGGCUGGGAGGAGCAGGACCAGCUCUGACCGUGCAGGGCCGUUGGUGGGGCACAGGAGUCCCGUGUGUGCACGCUUUGCAUCCUGUGUGGCUCCGUGCACGGGCUGGGGACCAGGCCUGUGAAAUGCUCAUCCCAGAGGAUGCUCCAUUCAUUUCCCAGAACAGGAUCAAGCCGGGGGGGGGGGGGGGGGGGGGGGGGGGGGGAGUGCUGUGCCCCAUAACCAGGCCUGUUCACAGGGCCCAGCCUGUUAUCCUUCCCCCCUCCAGCCCCAGGCUGUUCCCAGCAUCUUCCUGGCGUCCAGGAAUUCUCCUUUGGAGAAAAGCUGGGAGAAGUUGAGUGAUGAGUAUGUCAUGGGGGCACGCAGGAUGUGUGUCAGAGACCUUUAAGCAAAGGGGACGAGAGUAAAAUGAGAAACAGUUGAGGCAAAGGUCUUUUUUAUGAGGGAAGCCUGCAGGAAGGCUGAUUCUUUGCCUGCUAUGUGCUUGUUAAUAAAGAUAAGAUCCCCGUGCCGUGGCAGAAGGGUUGCUAAAUCCACAGCCUAGGUGCUAGCUGCGUCUUUUAACCCUUUUAACACUGCAAGUGCAAAAAGCUGGGGUGGAGAUGAGUCUUUGAGCAGCUGCUGAGUUAUACACUGCUGGUAGUGACCUGCAGCUCCCAGCCCUGCACAGCCUUCAUUUUGGGCAGCCUUGGGCUGUCUUUGAGUAUGUGAGUGUCAUAUCCUCCUGUACACCCCUUCUGGAAUGGCAUUCCCGUAACAAAAAAGGGAAUGGGGCAAACCAAAGGGAUGCUGGGCCAGGAUGCAGGUGACAUAAAGGCUGCAGUGCCUUUGGUACCGGAGGGGCUGAGCUGUGCCCCCAGCAGACACACAGUGAACUGCCAUGGGCAUUCCUGUGCUUUGCAGGAGUGUCGGGGAUGAGUUUUGGGGAUGGGUUGCACUGUGCACAGUGCGUGAGGACGCACGGAUACGUGCAAAAGGGCCACAGUGCCCCACAGUGCAAGAGAGGAAAGUGCUGCAAGGACCUAUCUUGAGAAGGAAACUGAAAAUGAAAGUUCCACUUAAGUGAUGGCCUAGUUGCAGCUUGCCACAUUUGCUUCCUAAGGGUUUGGCAGACAGCAAGUGAGGAAUCACAUGAGUCAGCUGCUCGCAGGCACUGCAUGCCAGUGCUCACCAGACCUCCUGCAGGUUGAGCUGUCAGAGUCACCCCAGAAAUUCCAUGCUGGGGAAUUCCCCACGUUGCUGCUGAGCUCUGGGCUGGGGGCAGUGGUCUGAGGUGAAACACAACCAGCUGCAUCAAUAGGCUGUGCUGUAGGUGUGCUGGAGCAGUUGGUCUCUUUGCUGGAUGUGUCCACAGCCGGCACUGCGCUGGCAGUGUGAGGCACAGAAGGAAUUCAUCCCAUUUUGGUUAUCCACGAGCUAACAGAACUGCUGCCAGGCUGUUCCUUGGAGCCUUCAGAUGAAAGGUGAGCUGUGAUUUUAGCCUUGCUGGGCAUUGCAUCUCCUGGAGCUGCCCUACACAGCCCUUCCCUGAGCAGGGAGCAGGGAGAGGAGCGGCCCCAGGACCCAGCUCUGCUCCCACCCCAUGGACCCCACUGCUGAUCCUCAGCAUACUCUCAGCUUUUCCCUGGAUGGGGAUGUUUGAGGUUGGGGAGGAAAAGGGAAAUCCUGUCCCUGUAGGCGUGUAGGAAAAAACAGCCCCUCCAUCUGUGUGCCAGCGGGGCUCAGAGUCCCUGAAUGCAGCAAUAUGUGAGAGCUUGCUGAGCUGGUUUGCAUUUCCAGGCUCCCAUCCCCACCCUGGAUGCACUUCACACUCUGGUUUAUGAUCUCAAUUUGUGUUGGCUUUUUUUUUUUUCCUUCUGCAUAAUCUUUAUCUGUGAGCUUGGACUGGGUGUUGCACCUCUGACCUUGCCAUAGGUGGUUGUUUUCCUGUAACCAGCACUUAAAUUUUGCCAGGGCUUGCUUUAAACUGGGUGCAAAUGGGUCUCUGUGAAUUUCAAGCUGGUGCAAAGCAGGAAACCCACCAGCUCAGCCCUGCCUGAGCUCUGGCCUCAGAACAUGUACUGGCAUGCUGAACAAAAGGCGAGCAGCCGCAGGGAUCCAGCCCUGACUUAGGCAGGUGGCCCCACUUCCUUCCCUGCAGAAAGCAGGGCUGACGUCAGCCGAGCAGCGGGCAGCAGAGCAGCAGAUGAGCGGUUUGCAGAGCCCUCAGCACAGGUCCUGCUGAGUCCCACAGCAUCUCUGCAAUGGAAGGGAAUGAGGGGGACCCACCCAGGGCCCACGGACGCCGGGGCAGCAAUGGGCGCAGGCCGUCACGAGAGACUGAUUCAGAGGACCAGGUGGCCCAGCAGACCGAGGAGGUGUUCCGGAGCUACACCUUCUACCGCUACCAGCAGGAGAGAGAGGAGGGAGGGGAGGAGGUGCCCAUGGACCCAGAGAUCAUGGAGAUCCAGCAGGAGCUGGGCAGCACCGGGAGCCAGGUGGGCAGGCGCCUGGCCAUCAUUGGGGACGACAUCAACAAGCGGUACGACGCGGAGUUCCGCCAUAUGCUGAAGUCAUUGCAGCCCACCAAGGAGAAUGCCUACGAGUACUUCACCACCAUAGCCUCCAGCUUGUUCGAGAGCGGCAUUAACUGGGGCCGGGUGAUCGCACUGCUGGGCUUCGGUUACUGCAUGGCCAUCCACGUCUACCAGCACGGCAUCACGGGUUUCCUGCGCCGCAUCGCCCGCUACGUCACCGACUUCAUGCUGCGCAACCGCAUCGCGCGGUGGAUCGCCCAGCAGGGAGGAUGGGUGGCUGCACUCGAUCUGGACAAUGUUUACAUGAAGUACAUGCUGGCGGUGCUGGCCCUGGUGAUGGUGGGGCAUUUAGUGGUACGACGCUUCUUCAGGCCCUGACCGCCGUGGGGUGGAGGCGGGGGUCCCGCCGAGCUCUCUCUCAAACCUCUGCUCCGCGGUGACAUCUCACAGGAGAGGGGCAUUCAAGGGACCUCUGAGAGAGAGAGCAGCGUGGACCCUUGAGCCUCCCACUGCAGGACACGGGGCCUGUGCUGCCCAGGAGAUGCCACUGGGAGCUGCAGAGGGGAGGAGAGGGGUCGGCUCUGCUGUCUGCUUUGUGCCUUGCUGGGCUGCCAAGGGCAGGGCAGCGCUGUGACCUCGUGGUACACAGCAGUGAGGCAGCAGAUCAGGCUGCUCUGCAGGAACCAACGCAUUGCCGUGAGAGCGCACCUAUCCGUGUGUGCUGUGUCUGCUCUGUGCUGUUCUUAAUGUGCUCCUGGGGUGGGUGCAAAGCUCCCCGUGGCUGAUGGCUCCAUCCCCCACUGUGCCUGUAUUUGAAGAGGGAUUCCAACCUCAGUUGUGUUGUCUGUAAGUCACUGGAGGGGCGAGCCAGCAUUAGAAAGUGUGGGGUUUGCUUUCGUCUUCCCCUGCUCCUGAGCCCAAGUACUUGAGCCUUCUCUUUCUUUAUAACAAGCAUCCCUUACCUUCUUUAAGAACCAUGCUGGCUACCUGACAGUGGGAACACACCUGGCACCAGCAGGCUGCCCAUGCUCAACCCACAUUGCAGCUCCCCAGGGCUGACACAGGUCCUGGGGUGCAGCUGUGCCUCAUUGCCUGCUCCCCAGCCCCACUGUGAGCCCCAGAGCUGUGUGCCAGCAGGCCUAGGGAGCACCAAUGGUUUUCCAAACACUAAAAAGCUGUGGGGCAGCUUGCAGUGGGUGCAAGCAGCCUGCUUCCUCCCGUUCUGCUGGCUGCUUCUAUCCAGCACACUUGCACGCUGCCCAUUGGGUGUCCCUCACUGCCAGUAGGAGGCACUGGGGUUGCACCACCGUGUCCCUGCUCCCACUGUAGGAGCCAGGCUGGAGGUGCAGAGAACCCAGGGCACGUCUGAGCUGGGCAUGGCACGCAGCCCUGUGCAUGCAUGGCUUCUUUGGCGAGUGGCCCGACCUUGUUCUGUUCGUGGCUGAUGCUUGAAGAUGAGCUUUAGAGGGGGGAGGGCAGCUGGCUCCUCUCGCCCAUCUCAGAUCUUUCUGACUUUUGCAAAAUAGGGAGAGCAUCCCAGCACAUCCCAGCACGGACUGCCCGGUUCAGCUCUGUUCCUUUUACUCCAGGCGACUCUUUAAGGAUUGAAACUGUGAUGGCCUUCUCUGAGCCAAACCCACCCCGUACCAGCAUCACACUCUCCCAGGGCAGCUCAGCAGGAGCCCUGCGAUGAGCAGUGGGGCUGUGCUGGGACUCCUCCUGCUGCAGGGGGAUCCCUGUGGGGCUGCACCCUUACAGACAGCAGCAGCACAACCUUGAAAAGCCUUCAUGGGAGCCAGGGAGCGAAUGGUGGGCCCAGGGCAGCCCUCCUGUCCCCCCAACAGAGGCAUUUCCUAACGGAUGCCUGUCUGUCCUGUUUGUAAAACCUUCCACUAUCACCUCCCUGCAUCGAUUCUUACCCUUGUCUUCAGAUUUGUCCUCAGUGUCUUGGGAGUGCUCUGCCCCAGCACAGAGGACACCUGGCAGCCUUGCAGGACUGGCCAUAAUUUUAUACCACUGAUGUUCCUCAGGUUCCUGUGUUUUAAUGAAACUUUUCAGCCUCUUUCUGUAUCAGGGUCUUCCCAUGCUCAUCACUCCAUCCCCAUGUCUGCAAUAUCCCUGCCCCUGGCAGAGUGCCCUAAACUGCACUCACUGGAAGGACAUUAAAAUAUUUGCUAUAUUCCUCUUUAUCUAUCUCUCUUGGUUGCUUUCCUUGUAAUCCUGAAGUGCUGAGUGUCUGCAGUGCACUGUGCCCAGGCUUUGCAGCCGUGCAGAUGCUCUGUAGUCCAUUUGUCCCCUUUGCAAGUGCACUUCUUUGCAUUUAACCACGCAGCUUCAUCUGCCAUCGUGUCACUGCUCCACUGCCUCGAGCAGAGCUUGACUUUCCCUGACUGGUGGGAGCACAGACAGCCUGCAGGUCCCCAUCCCCACCCUCAUUUCUGGGUGAGAACACCACCAGAUGGAGCUUCUCUGCCGCUGUGAACUACUAAUUGCUAUUUUCCUUUUCUCUCAAUCAACCCCGUUAUCUGCAUGCCCCGCUGCUCUCGCUGGCUGCUUUGCUUUGGUUCCAGCAGGACUUUUUGCAGAGGGCCUCGGGAAAAAACAGUUCAUGGUCUGCUCAUUACGUUGUUCACUACUUUACCAACACACUGUGGGAACUCUAAGGGAGCACUGUGCUCAUACAAACAGCUCUAAGUUAUCCUCAUCUUCCUGAGGUGCUUCACCUUCUGAACCCAAUUCAGAUGUAAGGCCAGGGGAUGUUAAAUAAAGGACACUUUUCAGCUCUAUGGUAGAUGAUCAAGCCUUGAUGCAGUCUGUGAUACCAGAACUGAGAAGGGACUUUUUAACCUCGGUGCUGAACAAAGGGAAGUUUCCAUUCUUAGCCAUUUAUUUUUCUCUCAGGGGAUUAAAGGGAGGACUGCCUCACGAUGUCAGCACGUUGCCUCCCUCUGCUCUCGUCUCUCCUUGCCUUCCUCACCUCCGGCACCCAGCAGAGAAAGGCUUGGACUGGGAGCACUGCUGGGUGCUGCUCUGUAGCGCUGUGUCCUGUUGCUGGGUGCCAGCAAGCACUGCUGGGUGCUCAGCUGGGAGUCUGACAUGCAGCAGAGGAACUGCUGGGCUCCUGCAGGUUCUCAGGAUAACUCCAGCUGAAGGGCUGGGUCAGCACGUUUAGUGCUGAGGAAUCAUUUUAAGCAGCAUAAGCUUUGUUUAACCAGCCACAGGUGGCACCUUGCAUUGUGGAAAGUGGAUGCUCCUUCUGUCACCUUCCCAGCUGCUGUGGUGCUAUGGGGUAUGGCUGCCACAUUUUGCCUUCCUCCCCUGGUGGGUGGGAAAUGAAAGCAGAAGGUGAGAAUGCUCUGCUGUGGCCUUUCAUAAGGAGAGGGUUGUUCACCUGGGCACGGCAGUUGGAAGGAAAGAGUGUGAGCGAAGUGACUGAAUCACUUUGGGGUUUGGUGGGCAGGGAUGCUGCUUGUCAGCAGCCCAUGCUGGGCCUGCAUUUCAGGUAGGAGCAGCUCUGAUGCUCAGCGCUCAGCACUCAGCAGUGGCAGUGCCUGGUUUGCUUGCCCUGCACUGUGCAGAAGCCAAAUGCUGCAUCCCCUCUGCAGACAGACCCUGAUCUGUGGGGUGGGAUGGCUGCAGUCACUGCAGGAGGAGCUGCGCCCCAGGGCUUGCAGAGAGAGGUGCUGAGUCCCUGCAUGGGGAGGAUGUAGGGAGGAAAAGGGGUUCUUCUGGUGAGGGGCUCUUUGUGCCUAGAAGAGGUGCCAAGGAAGCACAGCCCAGGCAGAAAACUGUGUUCAAGCAGAAGCGUGUGUUUGGGGCUGGGAUUUCAUCCAGGUUAUAAUGGGUCUGUAACAAGGGGGUGAGAGGGUGAACGAAGAACAUCUCUCUGGCUGAGUACCUGAAGGCAUGGCAGGCUGCCCACCACCCUGGUUUUCCCUGCUGGAUGGAGGAGGCUGCUUUCAGCUUUGCUGGUCAGCUCCCCCAGCCCUGCACUGAGCCACAACCCCCACCCAGCCCUCCCACCCCAGAGAGCAUCCUUGGUGCUUGGGGCCGGUUCACCCUCCUGCAGAACACACCACAUACUUGAAGCACACGGUGCUCCUCACAGCUCGCUCCCCAGUUCCUUUUCCCAUCCCUGCAGAAAGCCCUGCUCUCUCCCAGCACAGCAGGGCACACCAUGGACCAACGAAGCGUGCCUUGCACUGGAGGCAUCCCCUCUGGCAGCAGGAGGGGAGGAAGGAGCAGGCAGGGUCUGUGGUGAGUUGGGGAAGGGGCUGCCUGCAGACACAGAGGCUGCAUGGGACACGGCGGGUUUGCUUUUACCACAAAAUCCUUUCCUUUCACAAAUAUUCUGUUUUAAAGUGAUGUAAUAUAUAUAUAUAUAUUUGAAAAUAAAAUGGUACACACAGUGCAAACUCCUU